AACCCUGCCCACAGCUCAGCAAAAAUUUUCAAUAACCUUGCACAGUCACAUGAUACUUCCCCUCCUCUCCUGCUCUUUUCCCUUAUAAUUCCCACCCAGGUGACGCGGCUAUUUCAACACCUAAGUAACCCACAGCCCAACCCCACCCGCCUUCUGCCUUCUGCCUUCUGCCUUCUGCUCUGUCUUCGAUACGCUUCUAUUUACGCAUUCGCCCGCAUUCCUUUUUGACAUUUCCAAAUUUUGCUUCUUCUCCAUUCUGCUGCUCAUUCCUCUUUGCAGACUCUACGCUGCUAAUGCUCUGACUCUUCCUCUUAUCUCUAUUGUCUAAAAUUUUUAAAUUAUAUAGAUUACAUUUACGUAAUUUCCAGUUCGUUAUUGAAAUAAACAGGUAUUGAAAUAUGUCAAUGGAAGGAGCGGAUUCUGGAUUUGCUGCGUCUGCUGACGGUUCGCAGAAUCAGUCUCCUUCGCCUCGCAAAUCUCCUCCUUCUCCUCCAGAUCAUGAAGAGAAGACAACUCACAUUAAGUUUCUUCUGUCAAAUGCUGAAGCUGGGUCUGUCAUAGGGAAAGGUGGCUCAACCAUAAAUGAUUUCCAGACGCAGUCUGGAGCACGAAUUCAACUAUCACGCAAUUUUGAAUUUUUUCCUGGGACAUCCGAUAGGAUUGUUAUGGUAUCUGGAUUAAUUGAUGAUGUUCUCAAGGCAGUCGAUCUUAUCCUGUCUAAAUUGCUGGAUGAGUUUUAUGUUGAAGAAGGCGGAGAAGAUCCCCGAUUUAAAGUUAGGCUGGUUGUUCCAAAUGGCUGUUGUGGUGGAAUAAUUGGAAAGGGAGGCUCUAUUAUAAAGUCACUUAUUGAAGAUUCUCAUGCCGGCAUCAAAAUAUCCCCUCUAGAUAAUAGUUACCCUGGCCUAUAUGAUAGGCUAGUAACAGUAAAUGGCACUCUAAGGGAACAGAUGCGGGCGAUUGAGUUGAUUCUGUUGAAGUUGGCAGAAGACCUCCAUUAUGUACAAUCUGUCAGUGCACCAUUUCCGUAUCCAGUAGGCUACAAUGGAAUGAACUAUGCAUCAAAUGGAGUUGGAGGGAAAUUUCAGAAUGCCAGGUCUCAGAAUAAGCAGGAGGAGAGGAGUAAUUCUGUAACAAUUGGUGUUGCAGAUGAGCAUAUAGGGUUAGUUGUUGGCAGGGGUGGAAGGAAUAUUUUUGAAAUUAGUCAGCUUAGCGGGGCAAGAAUUAAAAUUUCUGAAAGGGGUGAUUUCAUGUCUGGGACAUCUGAUAGGAAAGUUACUAUCACGGGAUCCCAAAGAGCUAUCCGUGCGGCUGAGGCUAUGAUAUCUCAAAAGGUAUCACCAGUCUCUGAGAGGUGAUGAAGCAGGUUUUCAUGUGUUCUCGUUGGAGUUCUGAGUGGUCCUACCUUGUCUAUGCACAUUCCAUAACUUUUGUUAGUUAUGGACAUUCCUUGCUGUGGUUAGUCCGUUAAAACUCUGGUGAUUGCAGAAGAUUUAUCACGGUUUCUUUGGAAGAGAGCACUUUCCUAAUGAACAUCGUGGAAAAUUAUUCUUAAAUGAAAAAUAUUCAGAGUAGGACAUUAUAACUGACUCCUUAGACAAAAUAUAAUACUUACAUUUUACGGAUAACAUAUAAAUGUAAUUCAUUAAGUUAGAGCUAUUAUGUCUGAGGUGUAUUCUUCGGAUACUAGGCUUGAGAUUAAAAAUUUUGAGGCUCCCUUCUGUUGGUAUGGUGUUUCGACAUUAUAUGUCAUGCAUUUGUUGGUAUUUGUACUUUUUGCGGUU